GCCCCGAUAAAUUAUUCAUGCAUAAGUAAAACAAAACAGUUUCCGCACGUCGCGCGCAGAUUUUGUUUUCAAGUGUCAGUGAAAUGUCAUCCAGGUUUAAAUGACGUAAAAUGGAGAUCCGACAGAAAACUGAUCCUGUUCGUGGCCCCUAUAGGUCAUCCUAUGACCUUGAUGAUUUACAAAGGGCUUUUAUGGCUGUAAAAGACCAUCAAAUGACCAUAAGAAAGGCAGCUUUGUAUUUUAAUGUCCCCAAAACAACCCUUAUUGACAGAUUGCAUGGGAAAAUCAGUAUUGACACUGUAAAACCAGGCCCUGACCCACUAUUUACUUUUGAUGAGGAGUCUUUACUGGCAAAUCACAUCCAAACUAUGGGUGAAGUAGGCUUUGGGUACACCAGGCAAGAGACUAUUAACCUUGCAAGUGACUUUGCAUUCACCUUAGGCCUGAGACCAAGAGAUAAACCUCUAACUGAUCGUUGGCUGUACAAGUUUUUAGACCGGUGGUCAGCACUAAAAGUGAAAAAAACCAGAAGUCUUGAUAUAGCCCGGGCAAGAUGUGCUACAAGAGAUGCUAUUGAUAAAUAUUUUGACAAAUUACAAGAAAUUCUUGUUAAAUAUGACCUUUUGACAAAACCCCUUAGGUUGUACAAUAUUGAUGAGAAGGGGCUCAGUCUUGAACACAAACCACCAAAAAUUGUCUCAUCAAAGCAUGGCACAACUCCUGCUGUGACAGGUAGCAGAGGAAAAAAUGUAACUGUCAUUGGUUGUGUAAAUGGGGUAGGUCAGCAAGUGCCUCCUUACUUUGUUUUUCCAGGUCAGAGAAUGCAGCCAAGUCUGUUAGAUGGUGUGACACCUGGUACAAAUGGAACUGUUUCCCCAACAGGACGGUCUAAUACAGAGGUGUUCUCUGAUUAUGUGAAAGAGCAUGUCUUAAAAUACUUACCCCAACGAUCACAAGAUGAACCAGUCCUGAUACUUUAUGAUGGCCACAGUAGUCACUUCCACUGGACCUAA